UUGGCCCAUGGACCGAACCAACCAACAACCAGUGGCAUUGAACCGAAACCCUAUGCUACCCCUCUAUAUAUAAAAACCCUAAUCUCUGAUUCUGUUAAGACUUUUACUUUCUCCGCUCGAUCAGCAAAUCGUGAAGUAGCUGCGGCGAGAUAAGAAAUGGGGAAAGGUACAGGUAGUUUUGGUAAGAGGAGGAAUAAGACGCAUACACUUUGCGUGCGAUGCGGCCGCCGUAGCUUUCACCUCCAGAAGAGCCGCUGCAGUGCCUGUGCUUAUCCUGCUAGUCGCCUCAGGAAAUAUAACUGGAGUGUGAAGGCUAUCCGCAGAAAGACCACAGGAACCGGGCGGAUGAGGUACCUCCGCCACGUCCCACGCAGGUUCAAGACUAAUUUCCGAGAGGGUACUCAAGCACCUCCAAGAAACAAGGGUGCUGCUGCAGCCACCGCAUAAGCUUUGCAAGGGCGAUGCCAGACUGUUUUGUUUUUAUAUUUAUCAGUUUGCAAACUAGAAGUUUUGGAUCAAUGUUUAAUUUUUACUCGUCAUAUCUUGAGUAUUUUAAUCAUGGAGAGUUAUAAACAUUUUCUUUCUAUUAA